UUCAAUCCACUUCAUAUAGACAUAUCGCCUCAGCUCAGUCCUCAAUGCAGAAACACCACACGAUCUGGAAAAAAAAAUCGACAGAACAUGUCGUCGGAGAAACAGGAGACGGCGGCGGUGCGCGUGCUGGGCAGGUGGCCGAGCCCGUUCGUGAUCCGGGUGCUGAUAGUUCUUGGGCUCAAGGGCGUGGACCACGAGCUCGUGGAGGAGGCCGUGGGCAACAAGAGCGAGCUGCUGCUCGCCUCCAACCCCGUGCACAAGAUGAUCCCCGUGCUCCUGCACCACGGCAGGCCCGUCUCCGAGUCCCUCAUCAUCGUCCAGUACGUCGACGAGGCCUGGGCCUCCCACGCCCCGGCGCUCCUCCCGUCCGACCCCUACGCCCGGGCGGCCGAGCGGUUCUGGGCCCACUACGUCGACGACAAGUUUCCUACUGCGAUCCGGGUCCUGAGGGGAAGGCUGGACGGAGACAAGGACGAAGCGGCGGCUCAGGUGUGCGCUGCUCUGCAGCGCCUGGAGGUGGCCUUCGUCGAGUGCGGCCAAGGGAAGGAUUACUUCGGCGGCGACAACGUCGGUUACCUGGACAUUGCUCUGGGGUCGCACCUCGGAUGGGUCAGGGCGGUAGAGAGGAUCGCUGAAAUCAGGCUGCUCGACGCGGCCAAGGUUCCUAAGCUGGCGGCGUGGGCGGAUCGGUUCUGCGCCCACCCAGCGGUGGCGGACGCCAUGCCUGACGUGGACAGGUUCGUGGAGUUCAGCCUCAAGAAUGACGGCGCUCUGAAGGCGGCUAGUGCUAAUUCCAAGUGAACGAACUGUUGUGGACACUAGACAGUGCUCGAUGGCAUCACAUAGCGGUUAGUGCUAAUUCUAAUGAUGCAAAUGGAAUAACAUAAUAUGUUACCAUAGUAGUUCUUAAUGUAUAAUGAGUCUACAAAGUAAUAAAUGAAGCCCUCUAUGUUAUCACAUCUAUAACACUACCCACUAUGGAGGUAUUACUAAUAUAGACUAGUAACAUAUGCAUGUUACUAGUCUUAAGUUACUCCCCACUAGGACUAGCUUAAGCACCUCCGCAAGACUAAGCCGACACAUUAUCUUUGCCACGCCCGAUCAUAACUUCCUUCGUUUGGCCUCAACUACGCAAUCAUUUGUGUAACAGUCUGGGAGUUUAUCCUAAAUUAGAACUUGAUUUUUUAUUUUUCUUUUGCAUCAUCAUUGCACCAAGCUCAUCUCAUAAACCUAUUCGCAAAAAAAAACUCAUCUCAUAAACCUUGCAUUAGCAUCAUAUUGCAUUCAAUAAAAAUGAAGAUUUAAUUAACUCUUAAAUUUUUAUUAAAAAACUAAAACCCUGAUUAUGCCAAUUGUCCUAAAUGUUUCUUCUAAACCAUAAUUUUUUUGGCAAUGGCCUCAUAUUUGUUAUGUAGGCCCUAUCAAUUGUUUAGUGAUUAAAAGGAUUUUUUUUAUUUUUGGAUUAAAUACUAAUAUUAUUAUUUAUGGAUUUCAUUACAUAUAAAAUAUAAAUGGGUGCCCAAGAAUGUUGAAAUUUUUUGUGAGGCUUGGAAUAAGUCCUUCAAGGUUGCAUUUAUUUUAAGCCCUCAAACCUAUUAUAUUUUAAGUAGGACCCCCACCAAUUUAUUUAAUAAACACAAUGCAGUCAUUGUUCACAAAUGGGUGAGGCCAGCAAAUAAGGAGGUGUAGUCUAACUAACCGUCGCCAGCGGGCGCAACUUAGUGUCUCCGCACCCAGGCAAGCCCAAAUCCAGGUUUAUUCACUUUCGUUGUAUGAGUUGUAUCUUGGUAGAAAGAACUUUGUUGUAUUCAUUCGUUGCAUGACUUGUAUAUGUAUAUGUUGUUAUUGCGGACAAAUUUUUUAUCUGUGUUGCGCUA